UCAUGCACUAACUGAACAAAUUAUUCCUUGGACAGGCAGCAUGCGGCGCAUUUGGCCUGCUUUUGCCAAACCGCUCAAUGCGGUGACUUGGGAGUCGGCUGCAUUCGCAUGCCGACGCUCUCUGAACUCGCUUAGAGUCCUGCACCGGACUACACGGCGCCAGGCGUCAAAUCUGCGGAAGUCCUCUAGCCACUUGGCCGCAAAUUAUAUGUGGCCAUCUUCCGCGUCGCGCACUUCAGGAUUAGCUGUCCCAGGGCACAUUCAAAGGCGGAGCAUGUUCAUCCAGACGGAAAGCACGCCUAACCCCGAGUCCUUAAAAUACGUACCGGGAGAGCUGGUGUUGGACGAGAAGUACGGCACGGGUAUGUAUUUCCGACAAGGAGACAUGGAGGUGAACCGCUCUCCAUUGGCCAAGAAACUCCUGAAGAUCGAGGGUGUGAUGGGAGUCUUCCUGGGACGGACUUUCAUCACCAUCACCAAGUCGCCUGGUAUCAUCUGGCAGAAUCUGAAUCCUGAGAUCUUCGCCACCGUGAUGGACCACUACGCGGAGGGGGGGGUGAUAGUCAGCGACCACGCAAUCGUGAGCGACACGACGAUCCUGGACACAGACGACGAGGUGGUGGCCAUGGUCAAGGAGCUGAUGGAGUCGCGCAUCCGGCCCGCAGUGCAGGAGGACGGCGGGGACAUUUUUUACGAGGGAUUCGACCCCGAGAGUGGGCUUGUCAGUGUGCGCCUGGCAGGCUCGUGCUCGGGCUGCCCCUCGUCAGCGGUAACGCUGAAGAAUGGAGUGGAGAACAUGUUGAUGCAUUACAUUCCCGAGGUGAAGGGCAUCAGGCAGGUGGAGGAUGACGAGCUCAAUGCGGUAAACGAGUGAAGAGAUGGCAAAC